ACUAUUAAUAACUCCGUCAAAUAACUACUCAAAAGAACCUCUUUAUCUCUCUCGUUUUAUGAUCUCUCUCGUCUAUCAUUCAAAGAAACAAAAAGAAUGAGAAAGAAAGUAAGUAGUAGUGGUGACGAAGGAAACAAUGAGUACAAGAAAGGUUUGUGGACAGUAGAAGAAGACAAAAUCCUCAUGGAUUAUGUCAAAGCUCAUGGCAAAGGUCACUGGAAUCGUAUUGCCAAAAAGACUGGUCUCUUUCCUCUCUAUCUCUCUCUCUAAUCGUAUUGACAUAAUUUAUGAAUUCUUUGUCACAUGAUUUUCUUUUACGAAUGGUUUAAAGUUAAGGUUCUAUAUAUUAUAUAUGUUAUUUUAGAUUUAACUUUUAAUCUAUGUUAAUAGAGUCCAUAUAUCGCAAAAGCAACUUGAAUCAGGAUAUUUAUCUAGGGUCACCUUUUUGUUGUUUUUAUUUUUAUGAAUUAAGGUCCUCAGUUAAAUAAUUGUAUAUGUGUGUUAGGUUUAAAGAGAUGUGGAAAGAGUUGUAGAUUGAGGUGGAUGAAUUAUCUCAGCCCUAAUGUGAAAAGAGGCAAUUUCACCGAGCAAGAAGAGGAUCUUAUCAUUAGGCUCCACAAGUUGCUUGGUAAUAGGUGGUCUUUAAUUGCUAAAAGAGUGCCGGGUCGAACGGAUAAUCAAGUGAAGAACUAUUGGAACACGCAUCUUAGUAAGAAACUCGGAAUCAAAGAUCAGAAAACCAAACAGAGCAAUGGUGAUAUUGUUUAUCAAAUCAAUCUCCCGAAUCCUACCGAAACAUCAGAAGAAACGAAAAUCUCGAAUAUUGUCGAUAACAAUAAUAUCCUCGGAGAUGAAAUUCAAGAAGAUCAUCAAGGAAGUAACUACUUGAGUUCACUUUGGGUUCAUGAGGAUGAGUUUGAGCUUAGCACACUCACCAACAUGAUGGACUUUAUAGAUGGACACUGUUUUUGAUGUGUUUUCUGCUUUUGUUAUUUUAGUAUUCGUUUAUGUUUUGUUAUUUUCAAAGCUGAUCAAACACUAAUACAUCAACAGUCUUAGAUUAAAAGUUGUUGAUGUGGUAGUGUAUGAUUGGCUAAGUCUAUUAAUUAGGUGAACUUUCUUGGGUUAACUCUAAUGUAUAUGCUUAAAAACUCUAUAUGCAUCGAUUAAUGUUUUAAAUGUUUCUUCAAUUUCUUCCUAAGCAAAAU